CCACGCACCUGUCUCCCCUCCUCUCGCUGUAGUAUCUGACUAUUCAACACCACUCCGCUUCUCCUCUCUCAGCUCUCUCCCUAGGGUUUCCCUCUCUCCAAUGGCGUCCGUGCAGAGCCAGCUCUCUGCCGUUUCUUCGAUUGCCUCGCGCUGUUCGUCUCCGUCUUCACCGCCGUCGUCGUCCUUCUCUUCGACCGCUGCCACUUCGCUGGUCCCCGUUGGCAGGUCGCCGCAGCGUCGCCGGAAAUGCUCCGGAGUGGGGAUGAUUCGGCUCCGGCGGUCCGUGUGCCGAGCGAUGGUUCAGCAGGCCGUGCCCGGCGCUUCUGCUGCGUAUGCUAAGGAAAUGGAGAGGCUUUCCGCCAAAGAAUCGCUGCUUCUCGCUUUUAGGGAUGCUGGGGGUUUUGAGGCUUUAGUCACAGGGAAGACAACAGACAUGGAGCGGAUUGAUGUGAAUGAGAGGAUAACUGCUUUGGAACGAGUCAAUCCAACACAACGUCCUACAACGUCGCCUUUUUUGGAAGGUCGAUGGAAUUUCGAGUGGUUUGGAUCUGGAAGCCCAGGUCUAUUUGCUGCCAGAUUUUUGUUUGAGAGGUUUCCUUCAACUUUGGCUAGUUUGACAAAAAUGGAGGUGGUCAUCAAGGAUGAGAAUGCAAAGAUUAUGGCAAAAUUGAAAGUGUUGAACUCGAUAGAAGGCGAGUUUACUUUGUCAACGAAGUUAACUGUGGAGGGACCAGUUCGAAUGAAAGAGGAAUAUGUUGAGGGGGUUCUUGAGACACCAAAAGUAAUUGAAGAGGCAAUACCAGACCAGCUAAAAGGUGCACUUGGUCAGGCCAUAAACAUAGUGCAACAACUUCCUCUGCCUAUUAGGGGUGCCUUUUCCAGCGGGCUGAAAGUUCCUUUAACUGGAGCUUUUGAGAGACUCUUCAUGAUCUCCUAUCUUGAUUCGGAGAUACUUAUAAUACGAGAUGCUGCUGGAGUUCCUGAAGUUCUUACAAGGUUGGAGUCUCCGCUGGAAGAAAGCGUCAUAGAGUAUGAAAGCUAAAAGGUGCUUUUUAUGUAAGAUAACUCAAACUUUUCUACUUUUUCCACAUAUUUUAGUUAAAAAAAACUUCUAUAUUUACCACUUCCUCUCUUACUAUUUCCUUUUUAUGUCCCGAAAUUCUUCCAAAUAAUCGGCGACGAAGAUAUUAAAAUUAGUUGAAAUGUUUCCGUCUUUAUAAAAUACUAAAAGUCAAGUCAAUGAACCAAACUUUGAGUUGGGUUCGGGUUUGUUGUCCUCGGGAA